UGCACGAAUACAAGAAUAAGAAAAAACUCUGAGCAAGUUGAUAAAAAAAAGUUUGAAACAAUAAUAUUAAUUUAUUUACUAUCCUUGGUGGUGUUAGUUAAUUAUCCCUUGUCAGAGAUAGUAUUUACUGCCUCUGCCACAGUAUUCAUAUAAGUAAAGUAUUGUAUUGAUUCACACUCACAUCACACCUAACCAACCUCAUUUGCCGCUUCUUCUUUCUCACUUACCAUUACUAUUCUUACUUGUGCCUCUGCCUUUACCACCUCUAGUACUCUAUUCUACUGCUUUUGCUUUUGCUGUUACUGUCUCUACCUCUACCUGCAAACUCUUCAAUGGCCAUUCCCAUGCUUCGUUCUUCUUCUUCUUCCUCUUCCAUCCCUUCUCUUCCUCCACCUUCUCCUAAGUCUCCUCCUGAAUAUCCAGAUUUGUAUGGCAAACGCCGUGAAAUGGCCAAGGUUCAGAUGCUUGAAAGAGAGAUAAGUUUUCUAGAGGAAGAGUUGAAAUCUGUGGAAGGUCUUCAACCAGCUUCAAGAUGCUGCAAAGAGGUUGCUGAUUAUGUGGUGGUGAAUUCAGAUCCUCUGUUACCUUCAAACAAGAAGAAUCGCCGCUCUUGUCGCUUUUGGAAAUGGCUCUGUCGCAUGCCAUGUUUUAAUCUAUCUUGGAUCUGCUGUUGCUGCUGCUGCUGCGACGGAUUAUCUGUACAUCUAAAAUUGCCGCGCUGCUGUAGUGACUGUAAACCAUGCAGUUGUUGCAGUUGCAGCAACUGUUUUCCAUCCUUCAGUUGCUCCUUACCUAAGUGGAACUGCUGCUGUUGUUUCUCUUGUCCCAAAUCAAAUUGCUGUAAAGAUAGCUUUGUUUCGGGAAAUUGUUGUACUUUUCCAAGUAGUUGCAAUUUCGGGUGCCUAUCAUGCCCUUCUUUAUGCAGUUGCAAAUGCACCUGCACUUGCUCUUGCCCAACAUGUCCAAAAUGUCCAAAAUGUCCAAAAGUAAGCUCAUGUUGCUGUUGUACAGAGUCAUGUUUUAAUCCCUGUUUCUGUUGCUAGCCAGUAUAUUUCAAUUCUUUCCAAAGGAGAAAAAGUGUGAAGAAGCUCUUGUCUUCAAAAUUGCAUUUAUAUUAGCUAGAGUAUAAUUUUUGGAAAAAUAAAUGUUUAUAACUAUGCAGUAUAUGGACAGUGGAUGAUACUUGAAGCAAAUGUAAUAGCUCCUUUUGUAAGUUCUAAUUGUGGUUAUGAUAUGUUCCAUUCCAUCC